GAGGAGAAACUGCUCGCUCGCGAUGGAGUGCGCGGCGAAGGGGCUAGUGGCGGAGCCGUGCGCCGGCGGCGGCGCCCAGCGGCGGUGCGGCGGCUGCGGGGCCGUCGCCUACUGCUCCCGCGCCCACCAGGAUAUACAUUGGAGCGUUCAUCAAGAGGAGUGUUCAAGGCUUGCAAGCCAUAUGAGGCGCAAUGAUUUGCUCAAACAAUUUCCUUUCACAUUCUCUGUGGAAUCUCCAGCUUCAAAUCAUACAUUCUCUAAGCCGAGGUGCUUUUUUUUGGAAUCACUCAAACUUCACCAAAAAGGAUUCUGGAAGUCGGAAUGCAUAUGUGGCCCAGAGAUUACUUCUGUCAAGGACUUAAGCAUAUCAGCAGAAUGGGAUAUAGGAAGUUCUCUCUGCCCAUGUACAGAGCCUGAAACUCCUGUGCCCAAAUCCUUGUCAACUUGGGAAGAUUACUAUCAAUGGAGGUCGCUUCCUUUACAUUCACCUGCUGCUGUUUUACUUCAUUGGCCACUUACUCUAUACCAUUGUAUUCAACUAUCUCGCCUCCAAACCUCAAAAUAUGAUGGUCAAGACACUUUGCGUAUUCACUAUUUAGGUCCUGAGAAAGAGCUGCUUCAGCUUGCGGUGUUUGGGGAACUACGUGCACUGUAUCCAGGUGUCCGGCUUUACAUUGAACUUGUGGGGCCAGCGGUUCCAAAAUCUAGGGAUGGUGAGGUUAUAAAUAUUUCCAGUUAUGCACAUUGUUCUGAUGAGAGCUGCUGUUGUAAAUCUUCUAUUGGCCCCAAAGAUUUGAUUUGCAGUUCAGUGACAUUCAAACUACGAAAAGGGCUCUAUCAUGAGAGAUAUAGUGAUAUUCUGAAGGAUUCAAAGCCUCAUCUCAUUAUUGCCCCAAAUGCUGGUGUAGCUGCAUAUCCUACUUGGAAGCCAACUAUUGAGAUAAUUAAUGAAGUGGGAGUUCCUGCUUUUUUUACGGACUUCUGUGAAGAAGCUGCACAUUUAGCUUCCUCCUGCAUUAACUCUAUAACUGGCCAACCCCUCAGAGUCCCAAUUCAGGUGAAUCCUUUCAGGCAACCGAUUGCAGUGGAUAAUAGUGCACUAUGCCUACCAUGUUACUCCAACUGCUUUGUUUUUGGGAUGUAGAAAUUACCAGUUUGUAUCACCAUGAAACAUUCAGAGAUUCAACUCUUCAGAAAAUAACACUCUUACUUUUUCAGAGAAGGCUAGGAUUCCUGAAAUAUUUUCAUGGACAAAAUUGUCAUGUUGUUUUCAGUUUUUAGUCUUUCAGAAUAGGUGCAUUGUUUACUUGUAAGAUACACUCAUCAACAUGCUUGUAAAUACAGUUUGUAUAAUGGUAGAUGGUAAACUUGUAGUAACUUGUAAGACACUACAUACAUAAUACCCUAAGAUUUCAGAAAGACAUGCUAGUACGCAGUAGCAAUUGCAUGCUGGGCAUGGUCGCAUGGAUCUGAAAUAUGGACCAGUUAUCAACAGAAUGAGGUAGAUCCAAAGAAGCUUGUUGGUUGUUGCAGACAAACUAUUCUGCAAUAGUAAUUCAUAUGGGUAGUCUGCGACAAGCCUGGAAACCUCUGCUUCAAGCACAGCAACAGGCCCCUAGCCCUACUUGCAAGAAUCAGAUUCUUGUCCCCAUCAGCAUUCAGCUCGGUAACAUUCUCCCAUUUUGUGACCACAUGGGUCAUACUUGCUUUUCUCCGCCAUACAUACAUCGAGGCCUCAACACGGUCUGCGAUCUCAAGAGCCUCAUGUUCUGAGCUCAAGUUGAGGAAGUUGAGGAGGUGGUCUGGUGAGAACUGAUCCCCUGAAGACAUGUACCGGUAUACGGCAUCACCUACGCCCACCUUCCCACUCUAUUGAGUAGCAGAAAUGUUUGUAUCAGAGGGGGAUUAUGCUUUUUGAAGGUCCACACAGAGAGUCAAUCUCAGUGAAUCAGAUCAAACAGUUGUUUUACCUUCGGUAGCAUUUCUAUGUAUGACAGUGGGACCUGCAUUUCAGAGAGGAUACCGCUGUUGAUCUCCAUGGCCAUCUUGUGGAUUUGGCUUGCUUGGUCCCUCUUUUGUUGCAGCUCGCGGUGCAUCCGGUCAGACAGGCCUGUCUCUGGGACACACGGUUCAGGAAGCCACCACUUGUCCUCGUUGCGCUGAAACGACUUCGUGCUGUCACUGAAGGACUGCUUCCUCUGAUCUAUAUACCAGAAAUCUGUUUUCUCAAAGCUCUCCAAUAUAUCCUGCAAAAUAGUUGUGCAAUUAUUAGUCAUACACUGUACUACAAAAGUUGUUUGAUAGGGUCCUUACAGAAUUCUGUGAAUCAACUUACUAGGAGCAUAGUUUCCAGUUUUUCAAGUGCUGGAAGGUUCAUUAGAAUGUCUGAUCUUGGUGAGGUUGCCAUCACCUGUAGAAAACAGAAAUUUGUACCUAAGCAGACAUGCCAUGAAGAUGAAACUUAACAUGCCAUGAAGAUGAAACUUAUCAAAGUGUGAGAUAUGAUAUUCAUAGAAUGGAGUUACAUCAUGAGUGCUUCCAUCAGGCAUGGCCUGGACUUUUGGUGAGAAUUCAACAAUGUAUUCGCAGAUGGAGAGGAGGCAAUCCAUCUCCCUGUUCCACACCGCCUUCUUCUCAGGAGACAGUGGCUGCAAUCUGUGGCAGGUCCCAAACACAGUUGCUGCAGCCAAGAACAUGCAGAUAAAGCAACACACUCUGGCCUGCAUCCAGACUGCCUGAACAGAAGAUUUAUCUGUAAUUUUCAGAAUUACCAUAUAGAUUGGUGAUGGCGUUGGAGAUGGCCACAGCAGUGCAGACACCCUUUCCACUACCAGACAUGUCCUCUCCAAGAAGCAGCUUGGUGUACUUCUCCUUCAUCAGCUCCAUCUCUGAUCAACAUCAACCAUGAGAAACAACACUGCAGGACACACACCAGCACAAGUAAAAGCAGACUGGUAUUCCCCUACCUUCGUCCUCCAGGGACUUCUCAUUCACAACUUGUUGCAGCUUCUUCAUGCUCAGCUUGCUCGCCGUCGGCGAGAGGUGUGGUUGCACUGCUGCCACCGUGGACGUUGUGUGGCUCAUGCUUCUCCCUCGUGGUGGGGCCGGUGGUGGGGCCGACGAUGCGUGGCGCUCCUGCUCCUCGCCACCGCCAUUGUCGGUGAACGAUGAUACACGGAACAGUGGGCGCGCGUAGUCGCGAUCGUAUCGGUGAUUGUGGAAGCCUGGGAAGCCUGAACCUCCACUCAUGGCUCCUGUUCUUGGUUCCUUCUUCUAGAGCUGCAAGAAAGCUGGUGAAUGGCACACGAAUGGUGGCAUGCCAAGAAGAUGAGAGCAUAGGUACCUGGUGGUGUUAUUGACUUCUUGUCCCUCUGGUGAUCAUGGCUGUCACUUCCAAGCGUAUGGAACAAUAAUAAAGGCAUAGGCCAUCUUUCCUUGACAUGGGCUGUUGCAAUCAAUAUGGUUUGCUACUGAUGAGGCAUGUGGGCAAUUUGCCCCCACACUAUAGGACAAUCAGGUUGGAUUGGUGGAUGCAGAGAGGGUCGUUGCAAGUUUGGUGACUGUGUUAACUGUCAGGAAGCUCAUGGAGGCUUGUCAGCAUGCGAGCCAUUCAUCUCCCCAAGCUGCACAUAUGGUGAUGUUUUUCCACAUUUCAUCUGCCCAUAGGCCAUAUUGCUAAACAGAGGUGUUACUAUCCAGGCUGUAACCAGGGUUCACAGACAAGCAGAACCAGCACCGGCCGGUUUACCAAUUACCAGUCCCAACUGGUUAUCCCAAAAAGAAAUGUUUCAGGGCAUCUGAACUCAAAAACCAGGUAUCCAAAAUUCUUACCCAAAAAACCAAACUGAUUUGUGUGUGAAAUUGGCUGGAAACUAACCGCUUGGUGUCUCUGAACCAGCAUUGAUAUAAAUAUCAAUUCAGACUGUAGAUCAUAUAAAUAUCA